AUGAAGUUUGACAAUGUGCUGGCAGAGGUUAAUGGCUUUGGGAAAUUCCAAAUAAGAAUGAUGCUUCUGCUCGUAAUUCCUCGUGUGACGCUGCCUUUUCACUUCCUGCUGAAUAAUUUCAUUGCGAGUAUUCCGGCUCACCACUGUGCCCUCAGCUCUCUGGAUGAUGGAGGAACAUUUGGGAAUUUGUCUCAGCAGGAGAAGCUUGUUGUUAGCAUCCCUUUUCAGCAAGAUGGGAGUCCGAGCUCCUGUCUGAUGUUUGCAGAACCUCAGUAUCACCUGCUGUUCAACUCCACCAACACUACUGACCUGCCUGAAGUGCCAUGCAGGAGCGGCUGGACGUAUGACAACACCACGUUCAAAAGCACCCUCGCAACUGAGUGGGAUCUGGUUUGUGAGAAGAAAAGCUUGAACAGAGCAACAGCCACCAUCUUCUUCAUGGGGGUCAUGGUUGGAGCAGCAGCUUUUGGCUAUCACAGUGACAGGUUUGGCCGUAAAAAGACACUUCUUGUGUCUUACAUCAUAACUGCAGUCUUUGGUUUUGCCAGUGCUUUUUCUUAUAACUUUUCCUCGUUCGCUGUCACGAGGUUUUUUUCUGGAUUCGGGAUUUCUGGAAUAAGUAUAGUCUCCAUCGUUCUCUGCAUUGAAUGGGUGGACAUCAAGCAUCGGACCCUGGUGGGAGUUUUGCUGAGUCUGGAUUGGAGUCUCUCCACCAUUGUAUUACCUGCCGUGGCUUAUUUUGUGAAUGACUGGAGGUAUCUGACUGCCAUUGUGACCACGCCGCUGUUUGUAGCCAUGAUCACCUGGUGGUGGCUCCCCGAGUCCGCCAGGUGGCUCAUAAGCAAUGGAAGAGUGAACAGAGCUCAUUUUUAUCUGAAUAAAUGUGCAAAAUGCAACAACAGAGAGGAGUUCAUGGCUGAUCUGAAGCCCGAGGUUUUGUCCAAAGUUAUACUUGUCGAAGAUGAAAAGAGAAAAUAUUCCUUUAUGGACCUCAUACGGACUCCCAAAAUGAGACAACUGGCUCUUCUUACCGGCACGGUGUGGUUUGGAGUGGCCUGCACUUAUUAUGGAAUCAGUCUGAACGUCGAUGGAUUUGGAGACAACAUUUAUCUCACACAGUUCAUCUACGGCGUGUCAGAAGUGCCGGCGAAAGCCCUCGUCAUUUACUUUCUGGAUAAAAUCGGCCGAAGGAUGACUCAAGCUGGGGCGCUGUUCCUGACCGGACUGUGUAUAUUUUCCAGCCUGCUGAUCCCGCGAGAUCAGAGCACUGCCCGGACCACUGUAGGAGCCUUGGGCAAGAUGUUUGUAGAGGGGGCCUUUACAACGCUGUUUCUGUACACAACAGAGCUUUACCCAACGGUUAUGAGGCAAAAUGGGUUGGGGUACAGCUCCUUCAUGGCCCGUUUCGGUGUGGCUGUAUCGCCGCUGAUUAUCAUCCUUGAAGACACCUGGAGCUACCUGCCCGGCAUUCUCUUCACUCUGGUAGCUUUGAUUGCAACUCUGUCGGUGUCUUUUCUUCCUGAGACUAUGAACGUCCGUCUGCCUGAAACCAUCGAGGAUGUGGAACAGACAAGAAGAUGA